CUCCAAUCUCCCGGGAAUCCAUUCUCUACUUCUCAAUUGCCGCUAUCUAGAGGAUGAUCCUGUCGUGAACGGUUGAUUGAAAAUGGCAGAAGGCUCCACGGCGUACCCCGCCUCAUUAAAUUCCUUGUUCGAUACGGAGUCACCCCUCCACGACGUGUAUGAACCCGUCCGAUUAGUCGACGGAGACAUAGUCCCCAUCUUGCAGCUGCCUCUGGCACAAUCCAUCUUUGGUCAGAAUGCAGACGACAGCGCUCUGAGCCGUGUCUCGAAUGGGGAAAUCACCUACACCACGUUCUUGGCGGAGCGGACCAAGGCCGUUGCCCAAGAGACCCAGGAUGGCUUGACCCCCGAGCAACAGCGCUCGCAGCUGCUUCACAUCGGACUGGCUGCGCUCUUUGGCUUCCUACAGUCGAACGUCACGGGGCCGCCGUUGGCCUUCAGCCCUGCCGACGUUGUCAUCCCUGCUGCACUGCGACCCAGCCCCGCAGUUCUUAAGUCGGUCCGCGAUGCCAUGAUCCGUGGCCUCUCGGUCGACGGUGAGGCAGCGUACAAGCUGACGCCGAAUGUGGAGCUCUUUGCCGUGGCCAAGGCGAUCUUGGUCGAUGCGGGCCUGUCGCUCGCCGACGCGCCCCUGGUGGCUAGGACCGCGAGAAUGCGCGUGAACUUCCUGCACCAGAAGAUGCUCUCGGAAGUCACCGGCGCUCUUCAAGAUGCCAUCUAUGGUGAUCUGGAGGAGUUGAGCAAGUUCGUGCUGAGCGAUAAGUCGACUGCGCAAGACAAGGGCAGAUUCUUGGUCGAGAGAGCCACGAUUCACACUCAUCAUGGCUACGACGCCAAGGCCCGGCAAGAUCUCGAGAAGGCUGCCGACGUGCGGAAGUUCGAGUUUGCUCUGACCGGCAAGAUGGGAAAGAGGACCAAGUUCCAAGACCGCGAUAUCAGUCAGCUGGUGAUCUUGGCCAAGACCAACGAGGAGAUCUCAAGUAGUGGCCAGGGUGAAUCGCAGCCCUCGGCUCCCAAGAAGCUGGACCUUAAUGAUGAUACCCUGUUGGAAUCCAUCUCUUUUACCAAGGACGAAGGCCAAGAAUCCCAGGGCAAGCCAGUGACGGUCCAGGACGAGUCCACCCUGCCGCCGGCAUUGGCGUCUCUUGAUCCCGGAGACCAGCCCCGGCUGGACCCUGUGGAUUCCGUCAUUCUGCUUGCCCUCGCCUCGGCCAUCACCAACACGGCCCCCGAAAAUGGCCUGACGCGAGAGGAGACCCACCCCUAUGCUUCGCGUGUCCUCGAAGGCGGCAGCUCAAACUGGCAGAUUUACACCCAGGCGCUGCUGCUACGAAGCCGCAUCGAAGGCUACAAGGCCCGGACAGUGGAGCGAGCGGUUCUGCAGAUGCAAGCGCUUGUGGACCAAGUCAUUGCGGACACGGCAAGCCUCGACGCAAACGCGGGCGACUCGACGCAAGAGCCCACGACAUUCCUGCCCCGGCCCGAGAAAUCCGAGUCCGCCUCGGCCGCCGAGCGACUGGAGUACAUCUGGAUCCUCAACUUCUCGACCCGGUGGGACCUGGAAGCGGAACUCGCCACGAGAUGGGUCAACCUCGGUGGCUUGCGUACUGCCCUUGAUAUCUACGAACGGCUGCAGAUGUGGGCGGAAGCCGCGCUGUGCUACGCCGCCACGGAGAGAGAAGAAACAGCCAGACUCAUGGUCCGCAGACAGCUGUACGAGCGCACAAACAAGGACGCCGAAGACGAGAACGACAGCUUCGAGGGCCCCGAGCUGUCCCCUCUCCCGGCCAACGCCCCGCGCCUGUUCUGCAUCCUGGGCGACAUCAACUCCGACCCGAAGAUGUACGAUCGUGCCUGGGAAGUGUCGGGUAACAGAUACGCCCGCGCGCAACGCUCCCUCGCGCGCCACUUCCUCACGCUGAAGCCCCCCGCCCUGGAAAAGGCCGAGGAAGCCUACCACAAGAGUCUCGACAUCAACCGCCUCAACCACGGCGCCUGGUUCGCCCUCGGCUGCGUGCAACUCGAGCUCAGCCACUGGGACGACGCCAUCGAAUCCUUCACCCGCACCGUCCAACUCGAAGACAACGACGCCCAAGCCUGGAGCAAUCUCGCGGCCGCCAUCCUCCGCUCGCCCAAGCCCUCGGAGACAGCCACCAACCCAGUCGACCUCGAAGACCAACCAUCCGACGACGACAACGAUGACGAGAACGCGCCGAAAAAAGCAGCCCCCCAAGACCCCUACAAGCGCCAGCGCGAAGCCCUCACAGCACUCCACCGCGCGGCCCACCUCAAACACACCGACGCCCGCAUCUGGGACAACGUCCUCACAGUCGCCGCAGCAAUCCCACCCCCCUACACGCCCUUCCGAGACGUGGUCACCGCGCAACGCCGCCUCGUCGAACUCCUGGGUCCCAAAAAGGGCGAAGCAGCCGUCGACGCACCCAUCCUGAGCAUGCUCGUCGACCACCUCGUAACAGCCAACGAGUACGAGCAGCUGCUCAUCAAAGUCGACGCCAACGACAACAACUCCGAAUACGUCAUCCGCAGCGGCACUAUCGCUGGCCAGAUCCUCUCUCUCAUCGACGACGGCAUCGUCCCGCUCAUCACUCACUCCGCCCCGCUGUGGCUACUCGUCGCAGAGGUCGAAGCCUGGCGCCAGCGGCCGUCGAAGGCUCUUGAGGCUUACGAGAAGUCCUGGCGCGCGACCGUUGCAUCGGCCACGCAGGGCGCGUUCCAGAUGGGCGAUGAGAAGCGCUGGAUGGAUGUUGUGCGCGCAACGGAGCGGCUUGUGCGCAGUGGGUAUGCGAAGUAUGGGCCUAUGGAUAGGGAGGGGUCUGUCCCUGCUGAGGGGGAGGAGGCCGAGAUGGUCGCGAAGGAUUGGAGGUUCAAGGCGCGGAGUGCAGUGAGGGGGAUUUUGGGCAAGGGCAAGGAGUUCUGGGAGGAUAGUGAUGGGUGGGCGAGGUUGAAGGAGUUGCAGAGUGAGGUGGGGAGUACUUGAUACAUACAUAGUUUGCUUGAUUCGUUACUAGAUAU